CGAGCACUCGGUCUCAUCAGCUGUUGGCUAUAUUGUCAACGUCAAUAAGUUUGUUAUUUUGUUUUGAUAAAUUCCAAUAGCGUAAUUUGACGUAAUCGGACCAUAAAAAAGUAAAAAUUGAUUGCAAUGGAUACUGUAGUAACCGUGGAGCAGUUUACCGCCUGUAAAAUGCAAAUGCAACAAUUAUAAAGUGUGGGAAACCUGAAGAAUACAAACACGAAGUCCUGACAAAUAAAAAAGUGGAAGGGAUAGCGCCGAAAACGAGUACUCGUAAAUGUGUGUACCACCUUGUGAAAAGUGAAAAUGCGCAUUUGGUAAGCGCAAUAGAAAUGAACUGAAAAUUGUCUCAGAAACAUAUUUUGCUAGGAAAACUCUUAAAAACUGACUUUAAUAAUAUCAUAAAUGUAUUAAAAUAGUGUAAUUUUCGAGAAGUGCAUAUUUCCAAUCCGACAAACGUAAAGUGAAUUGGAAAAAAAAAAUUGAAAACCUACGCACUUAUUGUAUUUGAUAGCAAAGUACUCUGUAAAUUUUAACCUUGACAUUGAGUACUACCUGCCUAUGAUGGCCAAUUGUUUCGUGAUUACACCUAAAGUAACGCCGGUUUUUUAUCUCGCCACCGUCAAGCUCUCCAGCGUAACAGCUAUAGUAGCCGCUUGCCAAAAAACACAAUUCAAGUUGAAGUCUCGCCGCCUCCUGGUGUCCGCCGUGUGCCAACAAUACUCGCGUCCCUUCAUUAUACGAUACAGUGACCGUGAACUAGCCGAACACGCCUAAAUUGGCAGUGUAUAUCCCGUCAUACCAUUUAAAUUCCAGAAAAGUUAUAAAGUACUAAGAAAAUAUUAAAAUAAAGCAGUGUAACAACACUAUUUGUAGCUGUAUUGUUGGCGUAAUAAUUUCACAAGUGUUGACCGUAAGCGUGUUGAUUGUUUGUUUUAUCAUUUUUGCGGGCAACGAUAAGGUAUAGUCAUGUCAACGCCGACACCGGCUUUAUUACUUAGUGGAGAGGAUGAGGCUGUAAGCCAACAAUCUGUGUCAAUAUCUCAACCGACAGCUGAAGUUGUAGUUAUGGAUUCUCCCUUACAAACAUAUACCACUGACAUACGGUCAGAACUGGAAGAGUUUCGCGAAAAUUGGCAUCGAGAAUUGAAGAGCCAAAGUGAAACAGGAACACCGACACGAAACUUGGAGCACAAUCAACAACCAGUAAAUGCUUCGAAUAAUGUGACCGAAGUUGAUCAAAAUGAGUUGGCUGAAAAUCUAUUCCGCAGUGCCGUAGAGCUUGAACAGCGAGGCAAGGUUUAUGAUGCGUUGCCACUCUAUCGCAAAGCCGUGCAAAUUGUACCAGAUAUUGAAUUCAAAUUUUAUGAAUUACAAAAGGUUAAAACAACAAACAAUUAUACUGAAGGAACCAAUUUGUUUGAAACUGUUGAGACAAAGCAAACCCUAGAGGAAUGUUCAAAUACUGAUGAGAUUAUUGAAGAUUUAUAUGAGAAAUUUCAGCUGGAUUUGGCAAGAGACGGCGGUCGUUUACUACACAGCAGUCGAGAUGACGGUGUGAUUACUACAGAAACACAUAUUUCCGAAUUGCCACCCGAAAUACUUUUGUACAUCCUGCGUUGGGUUAUAUCGGCGCAAUUAGAUAUGCAUUCCCUGGAGCAAUGCGCAUCUGUUUGCAAGGGUCUCUAUUUGUGCACACGUGAUGAGGAGUUGUGGCGUUUAGCAUGCGCAAAAGUAUGGGGCGCUAAUCUUGGUAAUUUAGGUGAACCAAUUAGUCGACCCGCUGAUACUUUAAUCGAGUCUGCAGAUACAACUCCAAUCGUCUAUACUUCCUGGCGUCAAAUGUUUAUCAUGCGUGAACGUGUCAUCUUCAAUGGCUGCUACAUAAGCAAGACUACUUAUUUGCGUAUGGGCGAGAAUAGUUUCCAAGAUCAAUAUUAUCGGCCUGUACAGCUAGUAGAAUAUUAUCGUUAUGUACGAUUUUUGGGCGAUGGACGUGUGCUAAUGAUGACCAGUGCCGAUGAGCCUGCACAAGGUGUUAAUAAGCUGAAAAAUAUUCAUCAGUUACGACCAGACGUGUUGUGUGGUCAUUACCGUCUGUAUGGUGACACUAUAACCAUUAUGUUAAAGAAGCAACAACAACAACAAUCGCUUAGUCAUCAUCAGUAUGCACGGCAACGACGUGGUAGCUCGGCUAUAUUCAAUGAGGAGCCGAAUUGUACAAAAUAUUGCAUUGAAUUUCGUAUAACUAAUACGACAAAGCGAAAGUAUGCACGUUUAAUCUGGACGAACUAUUGUGUGGAGCAGAGACGCAAUAAAGUUGAGACCUCAUCCCAGUUUGAGCUCACCCCAUCAAAGUAUCCGCCUUUGUGGUUCUCCCUCGUGCGAAGUUACCACAAGGAUACCGAUGCACCGCUCUCUUAAUAUGAUUAGGAAAAUAGCUGUGCCCUGAGGUGCGUGCGAGUUUAAAAAGGAAGUUGAAAAAGAGAAUUAAGAAUAAAAUAUACUUUUCUAAAAAGAAGAAUGAAAAAACUACAGCUGAAAAUGAUCGAUAUACAAAUGGAAACCACUGCAGGAGUAAAAUGGUUGCUAUAAAUAUACUAAUUAUCUAACUAUAUUCUUUAUUAUACAUACAUACACACAAACUCUUAUUGUAGAGGCUAACACUUAAAGCUUGAAAUUUGGAUUUUUUCUAAUGUUAAGUACAUAUAUAAAUGGCUGUAAAGGCUCGGAUUUUAAUUUCCUAUUUUCAAUUGGCUGUUGAUAUAGUAAAUAUCAGAGUAAAAAAAUAAACGGUCAGAAUUCAA